AUGAAAUUAAAUAUUGAAGAUCAUAUUGACGAAAUAAUAGAAGUAUUAAAAGUUCAUAUAUUUCCUUUGAUACUAAUAUUCAUUACAUUAAUAAGUCGAAAAUAAAUAACACAAACAAAAUACGAAUCCUUUAGUUUUUACUGGUAUCUUUUUAACGGUUCAAUAUUCCAUAUGACCUGGAGUGGAUUUAUUUGCGGACUUCGUUAAUGUGAGCCUUUCUUGAGAGUAUUUAUAUUAAUGGACUAAAGAUAUAAAAGUUAAGAAAAUAUAGUCAAGCUAGUUUCUUAUGUUGAUCUUUUAGUCACUGGCCCUUUAUGUUUAUAUACUGCGAAUUUAUUUUUAAGUCAAAGAGGUCUUAAAAGAGAUGUUUUCUGUAUAAUUUCUUCUAUUAGUUAAAUAUUAGGAUCAGUUUUUUUUGUUUUUGAUGAAUUUUUGAAUAAAUUUGCUAAUACUUGCAAAGGAGACUGUUUCUCCUUUACUACUGAGAAUAUUAUUUAUUUCUGGAUUUUUUUCGUUGCUAUGAAUCAUGUUUGGUUUAUUUUACCUUUAGUCCAUAUUAAAAAAUCAUUGAUAAUAUUUUAUCCCAAGAAAGAUGGAAAUUUGAAAAUUGUGCAAUUGAAAAUGGCUAUGGAGGUAAUUAUUAUGAUAACUUUGAUUAAAUAACCAAUAGACUUAAAAUACAUUCAAUUAGCCGGAUAAGGAAGUUCAUGCGGAUAUUGCAAUAAUAAAACCGGCAGUUAUACAUACGGAUUAACCGCUAAAAAGAUGGACGCCGACAUAUAUAAGCAUUUAAUGGAAUUUGGUUGGAGAAGAUGUGGAGACUAUUUUUAUAAACCUGAUUUAUUUAAAAGCUGUUGUAAAUCAUACACAAUACGUGUUGGGGUUGUAGAUAUAACUUCUAAUGGACUUUCUUCUGUUUAUUUCUAUUAUGAACCUUCUUUUAAAAAAUACAAUUUAGCUUAAUUUGGUCCAAAUCAAUUAUUAUGUCCUAGUACUUUUUAGUUUGUAGAUUAUGAUGAAAGAGUAUAAUAAUUAAUUUCUUAAAAAUCAGACGAUCCUACACUUUCAGAAAAAAAUUCUCCUUUUCAUCCGAAUUUACUUAAAGUAAGGUUUUAUAAUUGA